AUGGCAAUGGAGCCUCUCCCGUCCCAUCGCCAGAUGAUUACGGCCCUCAUAAGAUCUGUCUCCAAUAUCGCGCCAUCAAUUAGCCCAGACAUCAUCUCACCAACCCAACCACCUCGGGCCGCGCAACCACCCACACUGUCGCCAUUGCAAGCCAUUCCUACCUCUCAGCGGCCUCUACUAUUAACACUACAUGUACUGUUCCCGAACCUUCUUCUUCCAGCACUGGAUCUUCUUGACCGGGGACUCGUCACGAGACUAGUUCGUAACCAGGAGCUCCAAGAUGGGAGUCCUUCUGAUAAGAUAAAGAACGACGUAUUUCUCGUUCGCUCUCUUGCUACAACUCUUUCACGUCGUGCUCGCGACUUCGGUCUAUCGUCAUCGAAACGCUACGUCGUGCAUCUUGGUGCAUGGAACUGUUCAUGCGGGAGCUUCACAGUUGAUGCUUUUCCUGGUCACCACGUAAAUACAGCUGAUCAGGUACGACAACUGCCAACUCAGGAGGAAGAGUGGACUUUUGGAGGGUUUGGUUUAGAUUUACAAGGAGAUACGCCGCCAUGCUGCAAGCAUUUGCUCGCAUGCUUACUUGCGGACAAGUGGCCAACGAUGCUGGGCAUGCAUGUUGAAGAUCGGGCUGUUUCAAGAGACGAUAUGGCUGGUAUUGUUGCGGACUUGUGA